AGAUUUUAACGUUUCUUUUUUCCCAUUUUCCUUCACACGCGUCGAGUGCACAACUUCUAGUCUCUUCUCCUGCAAUUACAGCCACACAAAGCAGACAUAGUUUUCUUCUUGACAGAGAAAGGCAACUUCUUUUUCUUCUUUCAAAGAAUCUCCAUCUCUACAUAAAGAGGAAAAACUGCAGAAACUGCAUCCUCCCACGCGCUUUAUCAGAAGAGAAGAGAAAAGGGAAAGCGAGACUUUACCUAACAGAUAAAGACGUAGAAGUUUUCUUCAAAACAUACGAUUUAUCGUUUUCUCCUUUUGAGACAUCUAUAUUUUUCAUUUGCUCGCUAAUCUAUCCUUUUAUCAACUUUCUCAUUACGAGCGAACUAGCCGAUUUAAUUUUUUUUCGUCUCUUUUUUGGUUUCUUCCCCCCCCCCCUCGGUACAAUACGGUUUGUUUUGCGAGCCUCCACGUUGCGCCUGCUUUGCUCGUCGCACUUCCGCCUUUCUAUCUCAGCACUCUCCGUCCGUCUUUGCGUCGUGCGUGUGUGUGCGUGUGUUUCCUGCUGUUUGACUGAGCGACAAAACGAAGCAACGCAGUGAAAAUGAGUCGCAUCGCCCCUGUUACGUGUCCGCUGUCGGACUGCACGCUCGCCGUCGACAACGCGGAAAACAUCCGCAACAGCAACGACAAGGCCCUCCUGCUCCACAAGGUCAGCGUCAGCGCCAUCGCGCCCAGCCAACGGAGGAACGCGCGCAGCAGCCCCACGCAGGUCAGCCAUGUCGUUGCUUCUGUCGACGCAACGGAGAAGACGCCGUCUGCGCGGCGUGAGCGCGUGGUCGGCGGCACCCGAAAGGUGAACGCUCGUACCGUCGCGACAACGCUGGCGUCCGUGUCGCUGGAGGAGCACCGCCCCUCUGCCCUCGACGUGCAUGUCUUUGCAAAGCCCUUCACGCCGGCGACGCCGCGCCGCAACGACCCCUACUCCCCGUGCCUACUGAACAGCCCCUGCACCCCGGAGGACACCUUCUACGCGUGCUACGGCGACGCGGAGGCCGUGGCGACGGAGGCAACGCCAACGGCAAGCCUGAUGAACACGCCGGUUUGCACACGCACCGCUGGCCAGAAGCCCUCCACCCUCGGUGAGACCACGCGCAACCUCCUCGAAAUGCUCAGUCUCAUCUCGACACCGAACAAGUCGCCCUGCGGUGCCAAACCGGUGCGACCGACGGAGUCGCAGUCGCCGCGGCCGUCGUCGCCGGAGCGCGCCGCGUCGCCGUCGCAGCAGCAGCCAGUGCCGUCUUCCUCGACCCGUGUCGUACGCAAGGUGGUGUGUUGCAACGUGGACCGCACCUCGGGUCGCCCCGUGCCGAAGCCGAAGGCGGCGUAG